AAACAAGUCUUGCCUGGGGACAGGCACGUGGUGUCAUGCAUGUCUCGCCUUCCUCGGUACAGUCACAUGACUGCAUUCACAUGAGUCACAUGACUCCCCCCUUCCAUCCAUGUGGAGGAAUUGUGUGACGUACCCCGAGCAAAUGACGGGAAGUGUAGUUUCGGGCCCAGCACCGGGAACUCGUACUCCUUAACUCCGUGUUGGUGUAUGUGUGGCACGGAUCGGGACGGUGUGGUGAGCCAGGAACUGUACAGGCCGGGGGCAUGUGUCCCCAGUGUUUACACACCACGAGGGCGGGCGGAAGCGCAGAGCAUGCCGGGAGUUGUAGUAGUGUGAGGUGUAGGAGGAGAAGGUGGUGUGAGCAGCACGUCUUCCUGAUGGAGCCCUGAAUGAGGAUAGGAGCCCUGGCAGUGUUGUAUGGAGAACUCGGAGCUCUGAAAUCACCAUAACCAAGAAGGCUCACUCUCCUGUCUAAGGAAUCUGUCAUUCUACAGGUAACGGCUGGAAGUUCAAGGACUGAUUAUGCUGUGUGUAGAAUGGAAUCCAGUGGCAGAGAUGUGCCUUUACCCGGAUGAUCUGAGUGAAGAAAGUAGAAUAUUAUGUCUUUGCUCCAGAGCUUUUGUUAAUGAUCGACAUUUGUACUGUUUAGGUCUAAGGGGAGUUUAUAGGACUAAAACGAAUAAUGAAAGAGAUUAUGGAGAAGAUGAGGAAGAGUGCGAAGAGGAAGAUUCUUCAGAUUUACUGGCAGCGUCUGAAACUUCCAAAGCCUCCAUUGUGGAAGAAGAACUGGACUCCGAGACUGAACUAAUGUUACAAAUGGGCCUUCCAGUAAAGUUUGGUGGAUCAUCAUAUAAGAAAAACUUUUCGAUACCAGAUCAUUCUGUGAAACCACCUAAAAAUAGAAAGAAGAGCCAGAGCAAGCACCAGAAAUGUCAAAAUGAGAGCCGUACAGAAGCUGUGGUAGAGGUGACAGGAGAUAUUGAAAUUGAAGAAGAUGGUAGUAAAAAUCCUGAUCAGACUGAAAAGCGAGAAAGCCCAUUAACAGUCCCUGAGAGCGGAGAUGCUCUGCAACCCAAAUCUGCAGAUCCCAACGUGGAGAAGAGUUGGGAAGAUUAUUGGAACCAGUAUGGACAAGGGCUGCUGUGGCAGGAUUGGGUUGUAAAGAACCCAGAGAGUCACUCCGAACCCUGGAAUUCUCCUGAAACUUUAGAAGCGUGGAAUAAACAUUACAAUGAAUCCUACUGGCAUUAUUAUGAGCAGUUUCAGUACUGGACACAGCAGGGAUGGACUUUCGACAAGCCAGAUGACGAUGCCAAAAAUUCAGCUGAACAAGUUAUACAUGAUGCAGAACUCCUAAGCUGCUCUCUGCAGUUGCCGCCAAGUCUGAAAGAAGACAUUGAUCGUGUAUGUGAUGACGUUGUGAACGAGCUGGAGAAUAUAAAUCUUAAUAUAAAGGAAACUGAGCAGGACUGUGAACCUUUAAGUGUUAUUUAUGAGAGUCAUCAGGCACAGGACACAGAGAGCCCUGAAACGCAUUGUCCUUGUGAUCCUGAUCACUGUGAUCGCAGAGACGGUGGUUCCGGGGAGACAGAUGCACCAUCUGCACGUUCUGCAUCCUGUCAGCCAGUGUCACAACUGAGUCAAGAGAAAACUGUACAGAAAGGGCGAGCAACAAUCAGUAGGGAUGAGGAUGAGGAUGAAGAUGAACCUCCAGAGUACAAACAAGCAAAAAUCAAGAGAAGUCAUGAACUGGAUGCCGAGGAGAACCCAUUGGAGGUGUUUGCUGAGUCUUCCACUAUCCUUGGGCUGAAGCAUGGCAAAGGACAGAAAUACGGGGGAAUGCCACACUUCAAACAUCGGACUCUGCGCUAUCUGGAUAAAGGAGUCAAGCACCGCUCUCAUUUCCUGGAUAUGCACCGGCGUGUGAAUGUUAAGAACAGCCAUAUAUUUUUUGCAGAUGACUCCGACGUGAAAUCCACACAAAAUAAAACAUUAAAAAAGGUGCAGACAUUCCUGAGGAAGGUGGAAGGGCCCUCUGAGAAUGAAAUGAAUGAAGAUUUGCCAGAGGUGGAGAAUUCUCUCAGUAGUUCUGACUCUGAAGGACUGGACACUUCAAAUAUUAAAUCACCUGCUGACGUACACAAGGAAUCUUGCCUCCAAGAAGCUUCUGAGGAACAUAGCCAUCCUGAUAUCAAUGACAUAUCUGAAUUACAAGGUGCUAAAAUGCAGUCUGACCCGCUAGAAGACACCAGGGAAGGCAAAGAGACAACUUGUAAAUUGCCUUCUAAUGCCAUCUGGUGUUCAGAAAAUGAAAAUUCGGCUCUGCAACAAUCAAGGAAAAAUGCAGACGCCACAAGACAGCUGGUCUCGCUAGAAAUUCCAAACUAUCUACAGGUUGAAACAGAAGACACUGGAAAUGAUUCUCGGGUGACUUCUACAGACAGGAGCAAUAAAAAGAAGAAGAAAAAAAGUAAAAAGAAAAUGUCUUUACUGCCACCAGAAAUUGCUGCUGAUCCACACCUUGCCAAAUACUGGGCCCAGCGCUACAGACUCUUCUCUCGCUUUGAUGAAGGAAUAAAACUGGAUGAAGAAGGCUGGUUUUCGGUAACCCCAGAGAAGAUUGCAGAGCACAUCGCACAGCGGGUCCGCCAGUGCAUUAACAAUGCUGUUGUAGUGGACGCUUUCUGCGGCGUGGGUGGAAAUGCCAUCCAAUUUGCUUUAGCAGGCAUGAGAGUAAUCGCUGUAGAUAUUGACCCUGUAAAAUUGGAUCUGGCUUACAACAAUGCCCAGGUGUAUGGAGUAGAAGAUCAGAUCGAGUUCAUUCGUGCAGAUUACAUGUGUGUUGCUGCUGACUUGAAGGCAGAUGUUGUUUUCCUCAGCCCACCAUGGGGAGGUCCUGACUAUGUCAGCGCUGAUAUUUUUGACAUCAAGACCAUGAUGAAUCUUGAUGGCUUUGAAGUUUUCCAGCUUUCCCAGAAGAUAACAAAAAACGUUAUCUAUUUUAUUCCACGUAACACUGAUGUUGAGCAGGUGGCAUCCCUGGCUGGCCCUGGUGGACAUGUUGAAAUAGAACAGAAUUUUCUGAACAAGAAAUUGAAGACGUUGACUGUUUAUUUUGGAGACCUAAUUCGGAAACUGUAGAUGUGUUUGUUUUUUUGUGUGUUUGUGAAGGUAUAUCGGCAAAAAGGGAAUUCCAUAUUUUUGUGUCAAUUGUUCUGUAUUAAAAUUGAGUCUUGGAUUAUGUAUUACAGGCUAAGAAAAAGUUAGGAUGUUCUGAACGGUUAUCCUUUUUUGAAAAUGACACUCAAAGCUUUUGAUGUUCUAUUUCAAACAUCAAUGUAACUUUUGGUUCAUUUAUACAAAAGUAAUUGAAAGUGUGUUGUCGGCCUAGAGGAGGCUAUCCUAACAAAUGUGCGUUACUUUUGGAAAAUGCACAUCUGGUUGCUGUGGGCAAAACCACCUUUACCCCCGUAAUCCGUAACAUUUUAUGUGGCUCCGCCAUGCAGUUUUGGAGAGAAACUAUUGCUGCUGGUAUAUCUGUUAUACAUCAUCUUGAAGGUCUGCAAUGUCUCUAGAUUAAGCCAUUACCACCACCCAGAGAAAGGCAACAUAGUGAUAAAUUUAGUUUAAAAAAAGGCAUGUUGGCCAUUACAAAAGUCACUUGUUUACUUGGUUAUAAUAUUGAGAUUCAUAUUUUGUGCAGUAAACAAUACCCUUCUUAUUGCUGAGAAGACUGGCAAUGCCUUGCUUUCUUGCUUGUUAAGGCUUUUAUCAUGUUUAUAUGAUGGGGAAUCUGUAUUUUGCACAGCCUUUUAAAAACAGUCCAUUUCAUUACCCUUCCUCUCCCUCAAAAGCACAGAUUAGGUAGAUUCACCUUGAUCUGUUACAAAACAAGAAGAAGAGUUUUAUAAGCUGCACAUCCCUACAAAGCCUUGUAUGUGGAAAGUGAAAACAGCCUUCGCCGAGGCUCCAUCCAGGCCACCCCCCAGCUUGGUCGUAGGGAUCCCCAUGACUAAGCCCAGUGGGUGGGGCAAAACAUGUUGGGGUGUGGCCUGGGAGUUUUCACUUUCCCCAUACAGGGCUUUGUAGUGAUGUGCGGCUUCUAUGACUCUUUGUAUUGGUAUCCACGGAGCUGAGAUGAGCUCCGUCCUUGCCUGCACUCCGAGCAGUUGGCAACCAAAGGGAGACCCGUCCAAGUCUCAAGCAGCAGCUGUAGUUUGGCAUUGGAUCACCUUGAUCUAUUAUCCGCGGCCUACCUACUCUGAAGUAAGCAAGCAUACUUAUUAUGCCCAGAUUUGGGUGGUAUAAGUAAACUUUACUUGGAAGUAUACUUAAGGGUCUACUUAGAAGUGUUCUCUUCAUAGCCCUGCAUACCUGCAAAUAGGACAGCAUGGACAUGUAUGUGAAAGGUUUCAUCCUGUUCCCGACACUUGUUUUUCCCAUUCAUGAGAAUUUAGAUAAUGCUUUAUAAAUGUGCCCUAGGAGAUUCUUAUAGAAAAGCAGUGGUAUGACAGAGGUUAGAUUUUAUAAAUGGGCCCCCUAUUCUUUAAGCCAUCUUGAUUGUAAUGUAAACAUUUUAUAUUUAAAAAUGUAUUAAGUGAAAACGGUUAUAUUUGAUAAUA